UCUCUUAUUUUUUUGUUUUUUGAACACAUUAAACCGCCUUUUAAAUAGUUAUUUUUGAACUAAAAUGUGACUUUCAUUUGUUUUUCUUGUUGAUUAUUGUGUUUUGUUUUGAUUGUCAAUUAUUUAUGGGACCUAAAAGACGUAGAACCAAAUCACCAUAUUUUGAUAAUAUUGAAUCUGAAGUAGCUGAUUCACAAAGUAAUGUCCCUAGUGAAUUACCUACCACAACCAGACGUACAAGAGGUAGGUCCAAGACUGUGAGAAUCACUAAACAGGAUGUUAAAGAUAUAUCAUCUUCAGUAUUGGUGGAGGAUGAAGUUUUAAAGGCUCACGAAGAUGAUUCAAAUGAACCAACUACCUCAAAAAGAAAGACCAGAAGCAGAGUUUCAAAGAGUAAGAAGCAAAAUGCUGUCGAAUCUUCAAAUGAUGUAACCUUUUCAGAUAAACAAAAUGGAGCUAAACUUGAUUUUGAAGAUAUUGCCGAUGAACCGUCCACUUCUAAAGGUAAAAAAAGGAAAAAAGAGGUUACAAGUAAAAAGAAUAUUGGAAAUAAUCAGAAGCCAGAAUCAGUAUCGUGUGAUAUAGGGAAUUACCAUAAAGAUUCUCUAAAUGAACCGUCAACUUCAAAAAGUGUUACAAGAUCUAGAAGGAGUGUUAAUCGAAACUUGUCGAAAAAUUCGUCCUCUAUUGUUGUUAAUGGAAAUAAAGAUGAAAACGAUGAAAACAGCCAGGACUAUAAUAAUAGCGAUGAAAAGAACCAUGAUGGUAACAGUGAUUCUGAUGAAGACUCUGAUGCUGAUGAUUGGGAAGAAGUGGAAGAAGCUCAAAUUGCUGACGAUGAAGAUGCUCUUGAAAACUACAAGCCACAAUUACCUGAACAAGGAGUUCAAAUUACUAUUGAUGGACCAAAGAUAUUUAACAAAAAAAGGCGUAAAAAACAGGUUGAUGUAGAUGAGCUCCUUCGACAGCAAAUUAAUCGAAUGAAAAAAGAGUUACAGGUUGAGAUGCAUAAAACUCACCUACUUUGCUUGUUGAGUCGAGGUUUUUACCUCAAUCGACUUACAUACCACCCACUCAUAUCAUCCUUAGCGCUUUCUCAUCUUACUUCUUUUACUUUUGACCUUAAAAAGAUAAAUUUACUCUUCGUCCGAGAUUUCACCAAUUGGUUUCGCUCAUGGUUUAAUCUGGAAAAAAAACCUAGGUCAAAAACAGAUCUCCUUGAUUCAUUGACUCAAGCAUUUGAAACUAAUGUUGUUCAUUCUCAAGUCGCAUAUGUUCUCAUGUUCUUGGCCUUCCUCCGUAUUUAUUCUCCCAAAAUUCAAUUGAGGCUAUGUUAUGCUCUAAAUCCUAUCCCAAUCAAACCUGAUAACUUAAUAAUGACUGAGAAGCAAAGAUCAAAAGCCAAAAGUUCCAAAGAUGACCCUGAAGAGCCUUCCAAGCCCAAGUCAAAACCAAGCAACAAAACUGCCGACAAAAAACUACCCAGUGAUAAAUUAAAUGCAGGGAAAAAUGAUUCAAAAACUAAGAAAACUAGUAAUACCAGCUCAAGUCGAGGAAAAAAGCGGAAAAAAAGCUCUGAUGAAGAGGAUGAAGAUUACGAAAUGGACUCUGAUGAUGAAAAAAGGUCGAAAGCCAAAGGCAAAGGUAAAGGGAAAGGAAAACAAAAAACAAAAGUGCUUAAAGUAGAAAAUAAAUCAAUUAUAAGUGAAGAUGACUCCAAUGAUUUGAUGGUAGUUAAAACUACUGAAGAUAAAAAUCUACUAGAAUACUGGUGCGAGAUUUAUGUUGAAACGGAAGAAAAGUGGAUUUGUGUGGACGUUGAAUCAGGAACAUGGGAUAAUCCUAGUAAAAUUGAAAAAAGAUCACACAAUCCUCUGUUGUAUGUCGUCUCUUGGGAUAACUUUUCUCACGUUAAGGAUGUCUCACAAAGAUAUUGUUCAGAUUUUGCUUCUUGCAAGUUUCGUCGUUCUCGUAUUGAUGAAGAUUGGUGGACCGAGACUCUUUCCUUUUUCAGACCUCGUAAGCGAACUCGCCAAGAGAAAAGAGAAGAUAAAGAAUUGGCUGAAAUAUUUGCUGACAGACCGAUGCCUACAACUUUAAGUGAUUUUAAAAAUCAUCCUCUUUAUGUGCUCAAAAAACACCUUCUCAAGUAUGAAGUAAUCUACCCACCAGAUUCACCAACAUUGGGUAAUUUUCGAGGUGAACCUGUUUAUGCUCGUGAAUGUGUUAAAGAUGUUCAUUCAAAAGAAUAUUGGAUGAGACAGGCGAGAGUCGUUCGUUCUAAUGAGGAACCAUACAAAAUGUCUAUAAAGAGAAAAAAAUGGGACCGAAAUUUGGGAGACUUUUUGCGUGAUCUUCCUUUAGAGCUAUUUGGUGAAUGGCAAACAGAUCCGUACAUCCCACCAGAGGCCAAAGAUGGUAAAGUUCCGAGAAAUCAAUACGGCAAUGUUGAACUAUUUCAACCAUGUAUGUUACCAAAAGGAACAGUUUACCUUCAGCUUCCUGGACUUAUUAGGAUUGCUAAUAAAUUAAAGAUUGAUUGUGCCCCUGCAGUAGUUGGAUUUGAUAAUUGCGUUUUUUGGCGCAUUUAA